AAGCGCGCCACAUUCAGAAUACACAGCAGUCAGUAGAGUUCCAGUCUUCCCUGCCACCAUGUCUGAGCUGCUCCCCGGCUACUCCCCCAACUUCAAGAAGCCAGCCGAGAUCCUGCGGUUGAGCCGGCGGAGGAGCCGCAGCGAGGUGGGGCCACGGGGAGCACUCUUCUCCCCGGGGGAAGUGGCGAGGAGGGUGCCCGGAGUCCGGCCAUUCUCCCCAGGGACACAGCGCAGCGGGGGAGGCGCGGUGAAGAGAAGGAACCCGUUCGCCAGUCUAGAGAACACCUUAGAGGCGAAGAGAAGAGCGGGCAGCGUGCCGGAAUGUGACUUCCUCGGGGAUAGAUGCAGCGUGGCAGCCGUGGAGAAGAAGCCGGAGCCCGUUCAGUUUCAUUCGGUGGAAGAUGUACUUUGGGGGGACAGCCUUGAACCUGAACCCACUGAUACCACAAAGAUUGAAUCACCAGAGAAGCCUCUUACAAUCACUGAACCAGCACAGGGGUUACUGACCUAUCCAUCAGACUGGAGUCUCAAGACACGUCUUUUAUUUACCUCCCCCCAUCCAUUUUCCUGGACCGAUCACUUAAAAGCUCAGGAAGAAGCUCAGGGCCUAGUUCUACAUUGUCGGGCCACACCAGUCAGCCUGCCUCAAAUAAUAGCGGAGCCAAAGCAAUGCACUGAACUCCGCUGUGCUUUUCAGCAAGCUCUGGUGUCCUGGCUUCAUCCCUCCUUGCCUUGGCUGCCUCUCUUCCCCAGAAUAGGAGUAGAUCGCAAAAUGAUUGGAAAGAACAGCCCUUGGUCUCAAGAUGAGUCUCUGCAGCAGGUGUUAAUGAGCGAAUGGUCUAUUAGCAUCACAUCUUUGUACAAUUUGGUUAAGGCAAAGCUGUGCCCAUACUUCUAUGUGUGCACAUAUCAGUUCACAGUACUGUUCAGGGCAGCCGGUAUUGCAGGAAGUGAUGUCAUUACGGCGGUCAUGUCUCCAACCACACGAGGAUUAAGAGAAGCAAUGAGGAAUGAAGGAAUCGAAUUCUCUCUCCCAAUGGUGGAGAAUGACCCGAACAGAAAGCAGAAGAGUUCUGAAACUUCCCAUUCAGAUGACAAGGAAAUUGGAAACACAAGUGAAGGAGAAGAGGUUCCUCUAGACAGUGAAGACGACGAUGAAAGCUUCUUGUGGUUGGAAGAAAUGGGAGUAGAAGACAAAAUAAAAAAGCCAGAUUCCAUAUCCAUCAAACUCCGUAAAGAAAAGAAUGAAGUCAAACUGGACCAUAGACCGGAGUCUGUUGUGCUGGUGAAAGGUGCAAACACUUUCACAUUACUCAACUUCCUGAUCAACUGCAAGAGCAUUGUAGCUGCAGCCGGCUCUCAAGCCGGACUCCCACCAACGCUGUUGUCGCCUGUCGCAUUCCGGGGAGCCACCAUGCAGACUCUGAAGGCCAGAAGUUUAAAUGUGAAAACUCGGGAUCAGUCCGGCUACAAAGAUCAGUUCAGCCUGGAAAUUAGUGGCCCGAUCAUGCCACACGCUGUACAUUCCCUAACGCUUCUACUCAAGGCAGCACAGAGGGGGAGCUUCUCAACUUCACUGUAUACACAUGAGCCAACCACAGUGUUCAACACAUCCAUCCAUGGCCAGGACUCCAAGGAAAAGGAUAGUUCCGAGCUUGUAAAUUGUGGUCUUCACCCUCUUACGUUAGAACAGUUCAGUCGAUUAUCGCUCCUCGGAAAGACCUCAAUACGGCAGCUGGAUCUGAGCGACUACAAGUACACCUGGAAAUGCUGA